GCGGAUGAAUGCGGUGCGUCGCGGGCAAGCAGGCGCCUCCACGUCCGCGCCGGGGUUCUGCGGCUGGCCGCGGCGGGGCGCCACUCUUCCGUGUGGGACGGCGGCGGCGCGCGGACGCCGCCAACCCCGCCGCCAGGGGGCGCCCGCGAGACGCCGGCGGGAGCGCGCGCCACGUGGCCCGGAAACGCGCUGGGCGCCGGCGUGGUCGCGAGGCCCUGAGAGGUGGGCCGGCGACGUGGGCUCGUGGGGCGAAGGGCGGGCCGCUGCGGGCGGUGGGGGCCGCGACGGGCCGCGACGGGCCGCGAGGGGCCGCGUGGGGCCGGGAGGGGGAGGUGGGAGGUGCGGGCGGCGCGGGCGGCGCGGACGCGGGGCACAGAGCUGCUGCCCCGCGCGGCCCUCCCCUCCCCCAGACGCGGCAUGUUGCCCCGGCCGCCUCGGCUGCGGGACGCGGGCAAAGAGCAGGCGCCCGAGGAACGAGGCCCCUCGGCGGGCAGUGACCCCGGCGAGGCCUGGACCUCCGGAGAGGAAGCCCUGGGGGAGCCAGGGACUCCCCCACAGGACAGCCCGCAGCCCCGGUCCCGAAGGCCUUCCUGGAGCCGGAGAGGGCAGCUGCCGCCCCGGGCCCCCCCAGGCCUGGCUGCCGAGCGGUUCCCAGGAGCCCCAGUGUUCCCCCCCAGUUGCUCUUCCCCCCCAGAUGGCCUGGGAGGUGGCCCCCUCAAGGAUGACUGUGCUAGCCCCAUGGGACCCCCACUACAAGGCUAGAGCAGGACCUCGGCUGGUGUGGGGGCCCAGCUGUGCGUCAGGCGCCUCCUUCUCCGGCCGGACCUUGUGUCAUCCCUCAUUCUGGCCGCUGUAUGAGGCAGCCCCAGGCCGGGACCUCAGGCCCCCGGCCCCAGCCACGGGGCAUCAGAACGGAGAGCAUGCGCCCAGGAAUGCAGGGUUCCCAGUGAUGUGCCACGAAGAUGUCUUUCUGUCAGACCCGCUGCUGCCCUCUGGGCAGCGUGUCCCCCUGUACCUGUCAGAGGCCUCUCAGCAGGUCAUGGGCUCUCUGAAGCUGCUGCUCCCACCUCCUAUCAUGUCUCCCUGGGUCCUCCGCACCCCAUCCCCGGGCUGCUCCACUGCCUGGCUCAGUGGGCCUGAGCUGAUCGCCCUCACUGGCCUCCUGCAGAUGAGCCAGGGGGCUCCGAGACCUGCCUCCCCGAGGGCUCCCACGCCCCCUGCUGGCCCCCCAGACCCUGUAUCUGACCACCCAGGCCCCAGUGGCAGCCCCAGCUGUUCUCAUUGCACUGACCCAUCUGUCCCACGAACCCCAGAUGCCCACUGAACCUAGCUCUUCUGUGGGCAGAGUGGGGUCCCCUACUCCCCCAGGCAGGUUCUGUUGACAAUAAAGCAGUGUUUUGGUUUGCAAACAGGCUCCUU